CGAUAAGGCACAACCUGUCGCUACACAACCGGUUCAUGAGGGUGCAGAACGAGGGCACGGGGAAAUCCUCGUGGUGGAUGAUCAACCCCGACGCCAAACCGGGGAAAUCGCCUCGAAGGAGGGCGGUGUCCAUGGAGACGAGUAAAUUUGAAAAAAGACGAGGUCGCGUAAAAAAGAAAGUGGAAAUGAUGCGUAACGGGACGAUGCCGGACCAACCGCCGAGUCCCAGCUCCUCAGUAUCGGAGAGUUUAGAUUUAUUUCCCGAAUCGCCUACAAUUCACAGCUCCAAUAGCUACCAGAUUAGUCCAGAAACCAGACCGAGAGCUUAUUCCAAUCCGUCUGUUUAUAGUGGCGGCGGGUUCCAGCUGAGCCCGGACUUCCGGCCGCGCACCUCCUCCCAGAGUUCCGCACGUUUGUCGCCGAUUCCGUCCUUGGAAACCGAGUGGGGCGCCACCUUCAACUCGUCCGAACUGAUCAACGGCACCGCCAGCGGCAGUAACGGGGCCGGUAACUACUCGCCCGAUCAACUAGCCGGGAAUCUGGAGCAACGGAUGAAGUUCGAGGAACAACCGGGAUCAUCCUACUUGGGGUAUAUGAAUGGACAAACAACGCAACAAGGGCAACCGCCACCGCCAUACACCUCGUCGCUGUUCAGCGACACCACCUCGUUCACCAGCCGCGAAUACCCUUCGUUAAACGCCACCUCACCUUACGCCACCUCGACUUAUGCCACCGUAUGUCCCAUCCAUAGAAUGCCCUCGUGUCCAUGUAUGGAGACGACGUGCAUCAAAGUUGAA